AUGAGUCUGACGGGCACUCCGGAUGCAGCCUCAAGCCAGUCGUCAGAGGCCUGGGAGCCUUCCAAGCAACCCGGUGCUGUCGCAGCCGCCCUCUGCGUCGCCUUUGCGUUGCUGAUCGGCCUGGGUCUGUAUAUGUUUGCCUGGAAGAAGGUGAACAUUCAUCGCCGCCCGUUCCUGCCGACAUCCACGCCACAAAGCAUGCACCAGAACCAGUACCGGCUUCCAGUCUCAAUACCGCUCACUCGGUCCCGCACAGUUCCCCUGCCAACCAGACCUCCGUUGGCCAAACUUGCUCACAGCAAGCUUGAUGCAACCGCCCAGCUCGCCACAGCGACGACGUGCUCAGUCUGCCUAGAAGACUUUGCUGUUGGAACUGUGGUAGCUCAGUUACCAUGCGGUCACAUCUUCUGCUCUGAGUGCAUUGAGCCAUGGCUUAUGAAGCACGCAGUCACAUGCCCACUGUGGUAA